GCUCUGCGCUCACACACUUCAAGCACUUCCUCCAGAAGCAGCAGAGCUACAGUGUGUCCUGACCGCAGCGGGCGGACUGCUCUCCCUCCCUCAGCUGCCCGUGUGCUUUGCUUCAGUUAGGCUCUUUAAGGAGAAUUCAGCUGUAAAUUGGUCACUGAGGAGCGAGGAAAUUUCAGUGGAAGCACCCAUGCUCAUUUGUGACUACCCAGUGAAGACAGACAUGGAGACGCCUGAACCCUUUGGCGUAAUCCUGGCCGUGCACCCACCGUACACCUCUCAGUACUCUCAGGCCUGUUACCCGCCCCACUACCCAGUGGGUUACCACCAGUCGCCCUACCGCAGCCCAGCCCGAACGGUGCCGGAUGCCGGCCGCCUGCAGUCUCAGAUGGAGCCUGUGGACCUGUCGCUGGGCAAGAAACCCUCUCCUCCCUCACCAUCCUGCUCUUCUUCAUCCUCCUCUUCUCCCUCAUCCCGGGCUACCCCUCCAUCCCCGUAUGAGUGGGGUAGUCCCAUAGCCAGGCCUCGCUCCAGCUCCAUGUCAGGAUCUGCAUCUGGCUCACCACAACCCAGGCUGCUGACCCCACCCAUGACCCUACCCUUCCCGACUGUGUUGGCCCCUAUCGUUCCCACGCCGGGACUUAUCCCUGUCCUGCCGCUACUCUACCCGCCCCCUCUCCUUCCCUCUUCACUCAUGCUGUCCCCCACUACACCUGAGGACCAACAGGGCGGCGCCACCAUCCAUAAAUCAGUUCCUUCUGCGAAAUCCGAGGCCUGCCAAGACAGCCAGCCAAUCAAAUUAGAGCCUCACACUGAGCAUGCUCAGAACACAUACAGCCAGGACAUUCCAUCACCGCCCAUGAGCCGGACCUACAGCGAGGGGAACACGCACUCUGUGAUCGUACACACGCGUAAGUUGGAGUCUCCAGACCCUCUGAAGAAGCGUCGCAUUCAUCGCUGUGAUUUUGGAGGCUGCAAUAAAGUCUACACCAAGAGUUCACACCUCAAGGCCCACAGACGCACACACACAGGAGAGAAGCCAUACAGGUGUAUGUGGGAGGGCUGCACAUGGAAGUUUGCGCGCUCCGAUGAGCUGACACGUCAUUUCCGGAAGCACACGGGUGUGAAACCGUUCCAGUGUCCAGACUGCGAGCGCAGUUUUUCACGCUCAGAUCACCUCGCGCUGCACAAGAAGCGCCACCUGUUGGUCUGACAUGGAGCGGCAAAGCAAAAUGUAGCUGUCACAGGACAGCAGUUGGACCGCACUGUCAACAGCAUGCAGGUGGAUGAGAUGUAGAUAAAAGGGGCAAAGUGGAAGAUCCCCAUUACCGCCCACUGUCCCACCACCAUGGAUAGGACAUGAACUGUUUGCAUUGGAGAAAAGAAAACGUCUAUUGGUUUAAAUGGAUCUCGCAUCUAAAUACCGUUCUUAUUUGAAGCCUGAGAGCCACCUUAUGGAACUGUUUAUAUUUCUUUUUCUCUUUCUUUUCAUUGUCACUCGCUCUCUCAUAUACACACAUGCUCACACACACAGACAUACAGCACACACACGCAAGGCCUGGCGUCAGGGGGUCAUUUACUGGGGCAAUGCCCUACUAACCAUUCAUCUUGGCCUACUAAACCCACUAGCUUUUACAGCGUAGGUGGCAAAAAGCAAAGUAAAACUAAACUUUGUGCGCACCAAAUAUAAAAAGCUGCAUCAAUUAACAUAGUCAUUACUUUGUAUUGGCUGUAUAAUAGGCAUGCACUAUGUGUGGACAGAUUUGUUUGAUUUACUGUAAAUGUGGCUCAACUUUAUAUCACCUCCAUAAAUUUUUCUUGUGCCGAGUGCAGUGGUGGUGGUAUGAUUGGACCUAGCGGGCGUAGGCCCACCCACAUUUGUCACUGGCCCCACAGAACGAUCUCUCAAGUAGACUUUCAAUAUGAAUAUCUUAUUAAAACAUAAAUCAAAACCACAAAUAAAGAAGGAAAAAAUCCGUUUUUGACCAUUACCAGUCAAAACUCCACUGUAACCAAUAUCCAUAGCAGUGAAGUGUUUGCUAAGCUUUUUAACUUUAGAAUUGGCCAAAAGCUCCUCAUAGGGCCACCACCCCUGCAUAUGGACUUAAGGUACAUGACUUCUUCGAAGAAAACGGUCACAAAAAGUAACUAAGCAGCUAAGUAACUAAGUAACUAAUUUAAUGUUACAUUACAUAAAUACAAUAACUGUAAACCCUGAACAUGGCACACUGCAUCCAAAAGCAUAAAUGGCAAACUAGUAGAUCAAAAUCAUAAGCAGAUGGACAUUAUUGCUUCAUGGCCAACAAUUCCUUGACACACAGGCGAGUGGACAGCUGUCCGGCUAACAUGAUAGGGAAGGAGAUACUCAGAUGUGGGUAAAAAUGCAUUAGUUUAUUACUUUGACUUGUCAAGCUGUUAUAUGCCUGUAAUCUGGAUUUGGCUACUGUAAACAAGCAAAUUAGCUUAUUUAAAGAAACACAUGUGAUUCGCUGGGUUCAGCAGUCUGUCCCACAUGCACUAAAACAAACCACCCUUCAAGGUCCAUUGUUGACGUCAUCAGAGUGUGGACUUCACAAGGCUUUGGGUGUCAUUUGAGACUGGGCUUUAGUCCUGGCGCCGGGCCUGACACACACCCCUAAACUCUCCUACUCUUUCUUCCAGUCAUUCUUUGUCGCCCUCUGCUGGCCAAAGGGUGUAGUGCACUCUACAAAAACUCCUACAUGCACACACACGCCCAGGGUCAAUCCUGAAUAAUGUGAAUUUCUCUGUUUUUUUUUUUGCUUGUUUGUUUUUCAUAAAUAUUAGUCAGGAAAACCAUGUAAGUCCGUCAUUUUGUAACCGUCAUGUGUAUUAUGUAUUCAGCCUCAUCAGGACUAGAUUUAAUCAGUGUGUUUUAUGCUUACAACUAUUAAUUUUGUAGAUCAUUUGGGUUACUGCAACAUAUUUUAAGCGGCAAGUCUGAAGCAUCAGACCGGUUGCUUUAUUAGUCUAAGAACGGGCAGAGUUUGGUUUAAGUUCAUAUCUGCAGUGCUUUGAGCCUCAACACCAGAUGCUCAUGCUGUUCCACUGAGGCUUGUCCGUGAUUUUUGAUCCGAGUAAUAUGUAAGUACUGUGUACUGUACCGUAUCUAUGCAACUCUGUAUUUGCACAUCAGUCGCAGUUUCAUGCAAACCCAGGUGUGGAUAGAGUGACAGUUGGGUGUCAUGUGGACUAGGAAUACUCCGGUUGUUUCGACCUAAAGUCUGUCUGCUACCUCUGUAGAACAUGAUCGAUUACCACUGGUAAUGAUUCGGAUACCAAACUCGGAAGAACAGAAAAGAACCAAAAAAGGACUCCCAAACCACGCCCAUAGUACAAGUCAAUGGGCAGUUGCUUUAGCUUCUCUCAUAAGCUUAUUUUGAUUUAUCACAAUGAACAACUGAUGGAUAUUAGGUUGAAAUAUGAUGGAGUGUUCCUCUAAAAUAGUGGUCCCAAGAUGAAGACCAUAUGUAUUGGCCGCUAAGCGCCAAAGUUGUUCAAACAUCCAGUAGCAAUAUCCUGCAGAUUAGCCUACACAGCUGCUCAAACAGUUAACAGUUAGCUGCUAUGACGUAGCAUAUAGACCGAGGGAAAAGUGGCUUUAUUUAAUUGAGAUUUGUUAUAGUGGUAGAUUUGAAUAGUUGUCAAUAUUACGAAUUAUAAUGAUGCAUGAACGCUGGGUUGUUGAGGGCUAGCAUGCCUCCCUUUGAUGGAAGCUUUGGGGGGGCAGUAUGAAUUUUUUUUUUCAAGUUUGUAUUUACUGCUAAAUGUGAACCAUUUAAAAGGGGCAUUAUGGUAAUGGAACAAGUUCGUCUUGGUUAUGGGUAAUGUAGUUUUUAGCCGUCACUUGCUUAAAGAGGAUUUUCAUCGAUUUUUCUGUUGAAAAGUCUUUUCUGCAUAAUUAACAUGUAAAAUGUAAACGAAGUCAUUCGGAGUGGUUUGAUGAAGUCUGCCUCUGAAUGCUGCAUCACAGAAACUUAUCACAUACAAUAUCAGAGACAUUUCUUCACAAUAGUUUUGAGAUAAACUUUUGGCCUAAAACUUGAAAUCUAUACAUGGUGGAGGGGUAAAUGCAGGGUGUUCUACGGCAAAAUAGUCCCCAAAGAAAAACAGGUCUUCUGGUCAUUAAAUGGCUACGUUUGUGACCCCUGGUUCCUAUCACCACCAUUGUAAACAGCACAAUCAGAGUCUGUUUCUCUGCAAUGAACCAUUUCACAUCAAACCACUCUGAAUGACUUUUUUCUACAUCUGAAACCACUGAAUUACUCAGAAAUUGAGAAAAAUCAGCGGGAUUCCUCUUUAAGACACUUUGCGAGGCGUCCCGGGAGACAUGGACAGGGAUGCUGUUUUCUGCCUAAGCUUUGAAAAAUCACUUUUCUGAUGUGACUGUUGUAUAGAGAGAGAACUGAAACGUGGAAAUGUGCACUUUAACCUGAUUUGAUGGACACAUAUCCAUUAGGAUGUUGAAUGCUUAAACCAGGGAGGUCAAGCCAGGCUCCUGGAAGGUCAGAGUCCAGCAGUGUUUAAUGAUUUCACUGCUAAAAAAGACCUGAUUCAACUAAUCUCUUCAAGAGGGUCAGAUGUAGUAGUGUUCUAGAAGUAGUGAGGCCUUCUAGGACCCCAGUUCGGCCCCCCCAGGUUUAAAGGAAUACUCUAGCAUCUUUCAAUCUAAUCUCUAUCUGCUGCAUCUGUAAUGUGCAGUGAGUUACCACAGACAGUAACUUCGAUGCAUGUUCCUGUGUUUAGAAAAGAACACAAAAACCAGUUAUUCGAAACUUAUUUAUGACAGAGGUCAAUGGGCAGCUGCUAAACUCGACGAAUAAACAUGUGAAAUAUGUAACAAUUGAAAAUGAACUUUAAAACUUCAGCUGUAAUAGUAUAUGAGACGAGUGGAGAAGUCUUACCAAAGCUGUUCUUUAGACGUUUUAUCCAACUUUCAAACACAAAGAUGAGAAGAAGUCCCGGUAACUUUCCAUAAGGUUGUGCUGCAUUUACGUUAAUCAGGCAGAGCCUGUGGAAACUCACACCACUACCCUGGUAACAAAUAGUAUCUGAAAGAAUUCACAGCUUAAUUUAAGUAUUCAUGAGUUUUGAUAUGCUAAUUACAUGUUUAGCAUAAAUGUUUACCAAUGGAAUUCAGCAACUGCCCACUGGCCUCUAUUAUAGGUGAAUUUAGAUUCAUAAUAUUUUUAUUAUUUUUUGGUGCUACAAGGAAACAUGUAGAAAUUACUGUCUGUAGUAACUGAUGGAAUAAAUACAGUUGUGUGCAAAAAUUUGGGCACCCCUGGUCAAAUUUUAUGUUUUGUUGUAAUAGUGAUUAUAAGGCACAAUUAUAACAUAUUGAGAAAAAAAUUAAAGCAUAGAAUGCCUUGUGUGCAAAAGCACACUUUGUAUUUUAUGUUUUAUUUUUCCAAUAUGUAAAACUCAGCAAAAAAGUAGAGAUUGUGCAAUAAAAGUUUCAGAAACUUGUCGUAUUUAAGUUGGCUCCCUGUAGAGGAUGUCUUAACUCACUGUCACUUAGAAAAUCAACAAAACAUGACAUUUUAGCAGAAUUAUUUAAAACCUCUGCAUACGACUGUAGGCGGAUGUUAGGUUGAAAUAGGUUGAAUCAUGCUGGAGUGUCCUAGUCAAGCUUUGGUGGCUGAAUAAACAUUGUCAACAACUCCUCACAGCACACGGGAAAUCUGUAACAGAUCAGUGCUGGUGCUUCUCGGUCCUUUUCAUAUCUUCUGCUCAUUACUGUUGUAUUUCUGUGCUCAGGCAAAGGAUAUCAUUGAUAUCAAAGUUGUACUGAAGUACCUCUAAAGUGCCUUAUGUGUAGGGGAAGAUGGAGAAAUGGGGAGAAACACAGAAAAGCAGAACUGGACAGAGGAAUGAGAGCGAUAGAAAAGAAGAAUGAAAGACAGAAAGGAUAUAAAACAUCUCCUUUUUUGUUCUGACUACAGCGUAGCUGUAUGAGAACAUUACGCAAACCUUCCCAGAGAAAAAAAACUACAGCGAAAAUUGUAAUAUAUAUAUUUUUACAGAGUGAUACAAUUAAAAGGGAAAAUGAACAUAUUUUUAUUAGGCACCCUGAUCUCGAUAUAAUUUUUUAUUUUUUAAUCUCAGCAAAUAUUAUGCAUUUCUAUGAAGAUGUGAAUCUAUAUCUCGAAUUCUAUCUCUUUGAAUUAUAUUUUCACUGUUUGUAAGGGAAUCGUGUAUUAUGUCAUUGUAUUAAACUGUGAAAUAAGAUAUAUACUGUACAGACUAAUAUUGUAUUAUUAUAUAUGAAAUGUAUCUUUAAAUAAACGUUUAUCUGUGCA